CGGGAAUUUUACCAGACGAGGCCAUGCUCCAUAAAGUGUUCCAUUGGGCAUCGUUGUACAUCAUUCCGAAACGCGUAACUCUAGUCUUCGUCGAAACAAGAUGCAAGCUCCAGCCGUAACUACACCAAUUAAGCCUAAGACCAGGGGCUGGCUGGUCAGAACCCUCCCAAUCCUAGUUCUAGUCUUGUUGCUGCUGCCAGUCCCUGAUCUAGGGGCUGGGACUGGGCAAGCGAUCCUUGGACUUCAAUUAUUUCAUAGCGCGAUGAGGUGCUUAAGGCCGCAACAGUUGCAGGCCAGGCAGCGCCCAUCUGUUGCUAGGCCACCGAUUCCCACGGUAACGCAGCACCAGCCAGCUGUACCACCUUCCUGUCAAGUGGACACGUGCAGCGCCAGUGGCCCUGGGUUUGCCGGGCAGAGCUUGGCCUCUACAUGGGGCUCCAAACCUUCUCUGGCUCCGCCAAGUGCGGCUAGUUCAGAAACCACGGUGCGAACAGCAAGCGCUGACAAGCGUUGGUGGAACCAAGACAAAGAUUUAUGGGUCGAGGUGCAUACGGAGGAGGAAUUCCGUCGCGAGGUUAGCACCGGCGACAAGCUGGUAGCCGUUGACUUCUUUGCGACCUGGUGCCAUGGCUGCGAGAAGUCGUAUCCGGAGAUCUGCCGAGUGAUUCGAGAUCCAGAGCUGAGGAAGCAAGUUAAAUUUGUCAAGGUGUGUGUGGACGAGUUGAAGAACCUGGCCAAGGCCGAGGGCGUCACCGCACUGCCCCGCAUGCUGGUGUACCGGCCGGGGCACGCGGGGCCGCUGGUGGGGCUGGACGUGCCGUACUCCAAGGUCCGCUACCUGCGCACCAACCUCAACGUCAUCCUGAACAACCCCGGCAUGGCCUUCGGGGCCGACCCCAACGGGUUCGUGACUCCCACCGGCAAGCUGCCGCCCCCUGACGAGGCCGCCCGCGCCGCCGCCGCCAAGGCCCUGGAGGCGGAGCAGCUCCAGUCGGGGCACUCGGGGCUGUUCGAGCACCUCAUGAAGGUCGCAAACAACAACAACAACAACAACGGUAACAGCAACGGGCACAACGACAAAGCUGCGCCCUCAGCAGCAGCCAGCAUCAGCACCUCCUCCUCACAGCAGCACCAGCAGCCAGCCGCAGCUGCCGCUGCCGCGGCAGCCGCCGCGGUCAAGUCGGUCGGCGCCGGCAUCGGCGGGUUGUUCUCCCCGCACCCGCACCCGCACCCCCCUGUCUGCAAAGCGCCUCCGGGCGCGGAUGCGGCGGCGUACGAGGUGGCUCGGCAGCGCUUCCUGGAGGAGCACGGGGAGGAGUACGGGUACGGGGGCAUCAUUGACAGCCUCUAUCCAUCAGAGGUUGGCGUCCGCAUGGCCCCCAACGAGCACUACCUGGACUACACCGGCUCCUCCGUCUACUGCCAGUCGCAGCUGGACGCGGUGUUCGCGGAGCUGCGGCAGUGCAUGUUCGGCAACCCGCACUCCGCCAACCCCUCCUCCUCCUUCACCAGCGAGCGCGUGGAGGAGGUGCGCGACAUGGUGCUGCGCCACUUCAACGCCUCGCCCGCGGAGUACCAGGUGGUGUUCACCAAGUCGGCGACGGACGGGCUGAAGCUGGUGGGGGAGACGUUCCCAUGGACGGAGGGCAGCAUGUUCAGGUACCUGCGCGAGAACCACAACAGCGUGCUGGGCAUCCGCGAGUACGCGCUGCAGGGCGGCGGGGCGUUCCAGGCGGUCAACGAGAGCUUCGUGGAGCGGUGGGCCCUGCAGGGGGACCCGGCGGGCGACCACUCGCCGCCCAACACGCGCUUCCCCGCGCCCACCUACAGCCUCUUUGCAUUCCCGGCAGAGGACAACUUUGCAGGUGUCAAGUACCCCCUCGAGUGGGUCCGCGGCGUGCAGUCGCGCUCCUCCGACAGUCACCGCUGGCUGGUGAUGGUGGACGCGGCGGCCUUCGUGCCCACCCAGCCGCUGGACCUGUCGCAGGUGCCCGUGGACUUUGUGGACCUCUCCUUCUACAAGAUGUUCGGCUACCCCACGGGGGUGGGCGCCCUCAUCGUGAAGACCAGCCUGGUGUCGCUGCUGCGCAAGGUGUUUUGGGGCGGCGGCACGGUGGCUCUGGCGACCUCGGAGGACAACUUCCACGUCCUCAAGUGCCGACCCAGCGACAGGCUGGAGGACGGAACGGUCGCCUUCCUGGAUGUGAUCGCGGUGAAGCACGGCCUGCGCGCCCUGGAGCGGCUGGGCGGCAUCCGGCGGGUGCAGGCGCACGUGACCGCCCUCACCGAGUGGCUGUACGGCCGACUGGCGGGGCUGCGGCACUCCAACGGACAGCCCAUGCUGGCCAUAUUCGGGAAGCACCACCUGCCCAACCACCGACAGGUCCAGGGCGGCAUUGUCAACUUCGAGCUGCUCAAGCCCGACGGAUCCAUCUUUUCGUACAAGACGUUUGAAAAGGAGGCGGCGGCUGCAGGCUUUCAUGUGCGCACGGGCGCGGAGUGCAACCCCGGCGCCUGCUACAACUACCUGGGAGUGCAGGAGAGCGAGGUGGAGUCGUUGGCGGGGCACAAGGAGGGAUGCGAGGACGAUGUGGAGUUCAUUCGGGUGCAGCGGCCGGUGGCGGAGGAGGCGCAGGACGCCAUCAGCUCCGCCGACCUGCUCCGCUCCAUCGCCAACUCCAACCUCUCGCUGGCGCACCCCGCCGCGGUGGCCCUCAAGUGGAUGGAGGUGCCGCUGGGGUCGGUGCGCGUGUCGCUGGGCUGGUGGAGCACGUUUGACGACGUGUUCGCGUUCGCAGACUGGGUGGAGCGGAGCUACCGGGACAGGUCGGCGUGAGCGGGCGGGUGGCACCGCUAGGGUUGAUGAGGUGCUGUUCACGAGCCUUAUGUGAAAGGGAGGUGAAUUGUACGGUGACCCAUCCCGGGGGGGGAUGGCAUUGAAGGGGUUGCUAGGAACGGGCUGUGAGAGUUGAUGGGAAGGGGAGGAGAGGAGGGAGAGCACAGGGAGAGGGGUUUGGAGGACUGCUGAGUAGAUAGGGGAUGGUUUAGUGUAGCUGUGUUCAUGUUAUCAUGUAGCGGUUGCGAGGCGGAUGCAAUGACGUGCGGUGCACAGAUGAGGGUGAGUGUGAGGUGAAGUGAGAUGCAAAGACUUCAGGAGAAGA